AAAGAGAAAACUGUCGAAUUCACUACUACCUUGUUGCAUAUGCCUUGAUAAGAACUGAUAACCGGUUGCUAAAGUACAAAUGAACAGUCAGGCACGUUGCUCAUACAUAAGUAUACACGAGUAGUGUCCAAAGAAGUAUAAAUACUUUAGUUUAAGCAAGAAGCUUUAGCAGCGAGAAGCUAAGCGUACAACUUGAAAACAAUUCGAAUCUUAGGAAAAUGCAACGUUGGCUAAAUCGUGUCGCAGUAGUAACAGGCGCCAGCUCUGGCAUUGGGGCAGCUGUUGCCAAGGAUCUAGCCAAUAAUGGAAUGAUCGUCGUGGGCUUGGCACGUCGCGUUGAACGUGUUGAGUCAUUACGCGAUGAAGUCAAGGCAGACGCACGCGACCGUAUUCAUGCUAUCAAGUGCGACGUACGAAAGGAAGACGAAAUCGUCGCUACAUUCCAGCAAAUCAUUACAAAGUUUGGACCAAUAGCUGUGUUGGUGAACAAUGCGGGUAUUGUACGAUCCUCAGAUUUAGCGGGCGAUAAUAACUCCGAGGAUUUGCGCGAUAUCCUCGCCACGAAUGUAUUGGGCGUAGCAAUUGCCACACGUGAGGCAUUUCGAUCAAUGAAGGAGAAUGGUGGUGAUGGACAUGUAGUAAUUAUCAACAGUAUAGCCGGCCACCAAGUGCCUUUUACAAAUAACUCAAUUUCAAUUUAUCCUGCUUCAAAACAUGCAAUCACCGCGAUGACCGAAAGUUACCGCCAGGAAUUCUUCAGAAAUAAUACCAAGGUUAAAGUGACGAGCAUCAGUCCGGGUUGUGUAGACACUGAGGUAUUUACGGAGGAUAUGCGGCCUUACAUCACAGAGAUGCCCUUGCUGAAGGCGAGCGAUGUGUCUGAUGCACUAAUUUACUGUCUGGGAACGCCACCACAUGUGCAGAUUCCUGAGCUGACAAUUAGACCAAUGGGCGAAGCAUUUUAAUUCAAAAUAAUUUACUGAUGGUUGGAAAAUCGACUGCCUCAUAGAUCAUUUAUAUACAAUUAUAGCUGUACCCUGCCACGCCUUGCUGUGGGAUAUACCUGUUAUAUGGAUGAUAAAUUAUUAUAACAAAGCGUUUCAUAUGUGUUUGAUUUUGUAAUAAGUACUUGUGUGCUCAUAAUA